UGGAAGUCCCGAUUUUGGGUUUAAAUAUCUUAAGUCGUGGUCGAAGUUAUUAUCUAUGAUGAUAAUAGAUCGUGUUGGAUUUGAUAAAAAUUACGCGCCAAAUUCUCUAUCUAUUAUCAUUGACCAAAUAUAUUUCAAAUGUUCGUGUUGCUGGCGAUAUUGCUAUUUGCUGCUAACUGCUAAGUGCUAAUCGGUUAAAAAGUAAAGACUUAAAAGUAAUUAAGUGGUUCGCUUCAGACAUUAUGGCAAUUAUAUCUUUUAUAUAUUACGAUUAGGGAUUCGUAGUAAGUAGUAAGUAGUUGAAAUUGUCGAUUCAUUCUGUGUUCGAAAAAACAAAUUUUAGCUCUGAACUAUUCUGUUUUUGUCACGCCGCAAAUUUAACAAAUCGUGCAUAUCGGCAUGUCACUAACAUAGUAGCGAAGACCGGACAACUGGCAGACACUUAAUUAAUAUUGUGAAUUUUUUUUCCCUGAAAAUUAUACUCUCGUCUGAUUGGAUCUGUAUUAUAUAUAAUGACGUUGGAGAUUUUAGCUCAAGAAAAAGUGUGGCUCAAUAAAUCGUAUUAUGCUGAUGCAGAGCGUGUGUACUUUGAGAAACAAACAAAGAUUUUAAAAAAUGAAACUUUUGGAAAAAAUAAAAAUGACCAAGUCAAAUCACGGAAUAAUACAAAUUGUGAAGAUUGUUCUAUGUGUAAUAUACUAACUCAAAUAGAUUUACACAAUGAUAUUGGUAAAUUAUUGGACAAAGUUGAACAGUGGGAUAAAAUAGACUCAACAAUGAAUUUAAAUCAGUAUAAGCAAAUAAAUAAGUUUGAAUGCCUUGUGUGUUCUUUUAAGACAUUUAAAUUUAGUGAUUGGAAAUGUCAUAUUAUGUCAUUACCUCAUAUGGCGGCUUGUCACAAAAUUAAAAAUUUGUAUUCAUACGUCUGUUGCGAAAAAAUAUGUAAACUAUUAUUGUAUGGACCAAAAGAGUUAUUAAUUAAACAUAACAUGGACAAACAUUCAUAUAAUAGUGAUGCUUUUAGUAUGUCAACUUUAAUGGCUGAAGUAAUGAAACGACAUCUAGCAGAUAAUCUAAAACCUUUAUACUUCUGUUCUCAUUGUAAAAAAUUUGCAGAAACGCCAAUUCACACCGAUGUUAAAUUAUUGAAUAAUGCAAUAAAAAUUCCUAUUGAAUAUUAUUGCAGGUUUUGUAGGGUUAUAUUUUUAUCUAGCCAUGAAAUGAUUGAUUAUCAUUUAUUAAGCUUAGAGCAUACAACAUUAAAGUGCUUUGAUGAAUUAUGCUCAGAAGCUAAGAUAAACUCAAAAAAAAAAAAAUUAUCAGAAGAAUCAAAUCAAAAUAAUGAGAAUAAUUUGUCAGAAGAUGUUCAAAAUGUAUUAACAAAUAAUUCAGUAAAAUUUCCAAACAUAAUAUUAACAAGAUUUCUAAAUAUCAGUCAAUAUCGUGGUCUUUGUAAAUUAUGUGGUGCUUCAUUAAAUUGGAACAGUGAAAUUAUAGUAUCACAUUUGUUAGAAUGUAAGUAUACAUCAUAUAAUUUUACAAAAUCAAAUAAAAUAACUGUGAAAACAUUUGAUUGUGAUGUAUGCAAUCAUUCCACAAAUAGUAUGAAUCAGCAUAGUUUGCAUAUUAUUUCACAUUCACAUCUCUCUAACUGCUAUGAUACUAAUAAUUAUUAUUCAUAUUUUUGUAAUGAAUGCAAUAGAUAUAUGUAUAGUUAUAGAUUUGCAAUUCUCAAACAUAUUAAACUAUGUCAUAAGAAUAUGAAAACUAUAGAACUUCCUAUUUUUUCUAUAUUCAUGGCAAACAUAUUUAAAAAGUUUAAUAAAAAUGCAAAUAGAGUUGAAUAUAUACAUUAUUAUAGUACUGACAAACCAAUAAAAUGUUCUAAAACAGAAUCGAUUAAAUGUCGCAAGUGCAAAAUUAAAUUUGAGACAUUUUCUGAUUAUAAUUGGCAUUUAAUUACAAGUGAACAUAUUAUUUUGAGUUUUGUAAUCCCAAAAGCUGUAAAGAUAAAUAAUAAAAAAAAAAAAAGAAAAAUGAAUAAAGAUAAAAAGGAAAAAAGAAAAAAUGUUAAUACAACUAACCAUACUAAACAUGCGGUAAUACAAACUAUAGAACCAAGUAUAAUACAGAAGGUUCCAAUAUCUCAAAAAUAUGAUGAAAUCAAAAUUAAAAGUAACCACACUCAAAAUGCACAAUUAAAUAAAAGUCCAAUAAAUCUUGAUGUUGAUGAAAGAACAGUCUUAGAUAAUAAUCAAACAGUUCAGCAGUCUCUUGUAAACAAUAAUAUCCUUGAAAAAUUGAAUGAUGAUGUACAAAAGGGCAGUAAUAAGUCUAAUGAAAACAGGAAGUUGAUGACACCAAAUCACAUUAAACAAUGGCAACAAUACACAAAUUAUUUCAAACAUAAAAUGAGUUUAUUGAAAAAGCUGAGACAAUAUGAAAAUCUUGUCAUGACAACUUUGUCAUACUAUUGUGAUGUAUGUGAUUUUAUAGCUGUAGAAAAAUAUGACUGGGAAAAACACAAUCAAACAGAACAUCCCGUAGAUAACAAUAGACCUAUAACAUAUUGUUCUACAUGCUUUAUGUUUGUUGUUGGUGGUGAACACAACCGUACAAUAGAACACAGUACUCUUUUGAACUUUUUACAAUCAUUAAAACCGGUAGAAGUAUUAAUGGAAAAAACUUCAUUAGUAAAAUUGGUUAAAAGCUGUUCUUCAGAUAAAAAUUGUAUAAAUCUAGAACCAAAAGAAAAAAUUGGGCUAAACAAUACUGAUUGUUUCAAAGAAUCAAAAUAUUCUAAAGACAAUGAUAGCAAAAACAGUGAUUGUUUUUUAAUGAAAGAACCGAAUAAAAGUAGGGAAGAUCCAAUGAUGAAGAAUACUGUAUUGUUACUUGAUAAAAUUGAAAGUCAACAUGAACACGAGAAGGAUAAGACAAAUUCCUCCAAUGCAGCUAAACUGAUUCAUAGUGAAAUUACAUCAUCAAAUAAUUUGGUUAACACAUUGAUGACUAUUCCACAUCAAUCAAAUGUGCUUGAGGAGAAGAUGACAGAAAACAUUAAUUUAGUAAAUGUUUCAACCGAUGAUUUGAUAUUUAAUGAAGUUGAAAAUGACUCAGAACUCAUAGAAAUUGUUAAAUCGCAAAACAAAGUUAUAUCAAACUUUGAUGAAACAAUUUUGCCACCAAAGACAAAUAAAACACAGAUUUUUGAAAUAAAAAAAUUAUGUGAACUUGAUGGAGACCAACUGUAUGGAGAAUAUGUAGUACAAAGGCUUAAAAAUAUCCAAAGUACAACUAUUAAACAAAAUGUCAAGCUUGAGAUAGAUUAUAUAUUUUAUACCAAAAUGAAACAGUUGUCCCAAGAGAAUACAGAAUCAUGAGUCCAUUCAAUGCAACAAGUUUUAAAUUCCUGUUUAAAUAUUUCUUUCCUAUAAGCUAUAUUAUUAGUAUAAAUACAAAAAUUUAAUUUAUAUAUGCAUAAGUGGUGAUUAAUACUAUGUACAUUUAAUUUAC